CUGACACUCCCCUAAACAAAACGUCAGAGGAAGUGCUAGGUGAAUGUCAUACAUGAUACAACUGUGCAUGAGCUUACAAUAAUGCCUGGAUAUUCAGAAGGUUUCGUCGAAAAAUUAAGGAAAAGAUGUUAUUGCUCGAUUUGUGGGUUGCCAAUGAAAAAUCCCGUCAAGAUAACAACAUGUGGUCACCGAUUCUGUGAGAGUUGUCUGCAAGAAUUUCUAAGCACAGGAGUUUUCCGAUGUCCAGAAGAUGACAAGGCCAUUGAUUAUGCACAGAUCUACCCAGAUGAGGAAUUAACAUCAGAAGUUAUGAACAGCCUGACCCGCUGUCGCUAUGUUAAGGAAGGUUGUCGCUGGGUAGAUAAAUUACAAAAUUUACAGGCUCAUCUGGACCAAUGUAGAUUUGAAGCAAUAUCCUGCCCUAACAAGUGUUCAGCAUUUUUAUCUCGACUAGAUUUAGACGAUCAUCUAGAUUAUACUUGCCCUAAAAGAUUUGUACAAUGUGAUCACUGCAAUCAACAAUUUCCAGGAGAACUUUUCGAAAAGCAACAUUCAGGGAACUGUCCUUAUGAGGUGACAUGGUGUGAAAACAAAUGUGGAGCUAAGUUAGAAAGACGAUUUAUCAUCAACCACUCUAAAAACGAAUGUCACAAACGUACAGUGCCAUGUAAAUACUGUAGCAGAGACUUUGUAGCCGAAACAUUACAGACUCAUCAGUAUCAGUGUCCCAGAUUCCCUGUUGCAUGUCCUAACAGAUGUGAUCCAACAAAAAUACCUAGAGAAGAUUUAGACGUACAUGUACUGGCAGUCUGUCCCUCUGCAACUAUUAGCUGUACUUUCAAAGAUGCAGGAUGCACACAUAAGUGUCCACGAUUCAGUUUGGAUAAACACACAGAGGAUAAUAUGAAACAGCAUCUCCAGCUUAUGUGUGGCCUUGUAAAAACUCAACAGACAGAAAUCACUCAACUGUGCAAUGCUUUAUAUACUCUUACUCAUAUAACGGACGGUACUUUUAUUUGGAAAAUCACAAACUACAAACAAAAGUUUCUUGAAUCUGUGUAUAAAAGUACUGAAAUUGUUAGUGAACCAUUCUACACAAAUCGCUAUGGAUACAAAAUGGCUGCCUCAGUGUUCCUAAAUGGAAAUGGAGCAGGCGAAGGAAAAUACCUCUCAGUUUAUAUUAAACUUUUACCAGGGGAAUUUGACAAUAUUUUAGACUGGCCCUUUAGUUUGCCGAUUUCAUUUUCAGUGCUAGAUCAAAAUGGAAACUCAGAUAAACGUGCUCAUAUAAAAGAAAGUUUUACUCCAGAUCCAACAUGGAAGCAUUUUCAAAAACCAAAGGAUAAUGCCAACCAUAAAGAAACAUUGGGAUUCGGCUAUCCUAAAUUUAUUUCGCAUGAAAUCCUCAAAACCAGAAAUUACAUCAGAGACGAUUGUAUUGUCGUCAAAGUUAGUGUGGACAAUGACAAAUUCCUUCAUCCAUAAUUGUUUUUGUUUAUCCAGAUUUGUUAUAUUGUUUAUUUAUUAUUGUACAUAGUCCAUAUUUUCUGAGGGAUGAAUGGAUGUUUCCAUUUAGAAUUGGUAUUUUGUUGAAUGUUUGAAUUGUUACUGUAAAGGUUGUCUGUUACCAAAUACAAAAUAGAAGUAAAUAGUGCAUUAUGGUUGAUUUCUGAUAUGAUAUUCAAAUAGCAUGAUAUUCUUUAUCAAAGUUUGCAAUUAGCUAUUUAAUUUUUAAAAAAUAGUUUGAAAAAAAAAUUCUACAAUUUUACUAGCUCAGGCCUAUAAAGGGACAUAAUUCAUGUAGGAUUUCCUAGAUUGACAAUAAUAUAAGGACAUUUAUUUCCCAUAUAACUUGAAAAUUUAAAAGAAGAAAUGGGAAAUUUAUUUAAACCACAAGCAAAAUAUUUUUAAGAAUUUGUCAGAUUGUGAACAUGACAAAUACAGAAAAAGAAGAAAACAAAUUUCGAAAAUAGCAUGGCUGUUGCCUGCAUUAUAUGUAACAAAAAUGAAAAUAUGGUAUAAAAUGGUUUUUUUUAAAGAAAUUAUUAUUUUUUUAACUUGAUAGUAGGAUUUAAGUUUUUCUUGUAAAGUUAAGCAAGUUCAGUGUUGAGAAUUAUGUCCCUUUAGUAAAUAUAUGUAUGAUGCAUGAUUUAAAUUUUAUUCUUACAAUGUAAGCAUAAUGUGUGAUGUUGAACAUCCAGUUGUAGAACAAUCAAUCUUAUAGAUGGCAUCUGAAGUAUUAUGUAUGUCCCUGCUCCUUUAUUUAUUACCUCAUCCAAUGCUGAAAAUUAAUGAAUUCCUUCUGAUAUUGAAUUAAAAUUUAUUUAUUAAAUGAAAUACCUCAACUUUUUGCCAAAGAUAGCUUUGUAAAAACAGCAACUUGGUUCUUGAUGGCUCACAUGUUUGUGCUCAAUCUCUUAUCAUUUGUUUUAUAUUAGUACUAAAAUUUACCAAGUCAAAUUAUGAUAUGAUAAGUUAAAAAUUUCUCAUAGGAGCUUACUGUAUAAGUAUGAGAGCCUGUAUCCCUAUUUUACAUGUAUACCGGUAAUCAAAUGUAAAUAUACUCAAAUUGUGUACAUUCAUUUAAUGAAAUGUCCAAUCACAGUUAUCUGUUGUACAUAUUUACUCAAGUGAAUAUUACUGUUAUCUAGUCAUUUUACACAUCAGUGCAUUAUUUUCCUACUUGAAACAAUACAAUAAAACAUAUGAAAUAUUA